GGGUCAAAGUUUACAUCACAGGAAAGGGUUGAGUGGUUUCCUUUGCAUCAUACAACAGGGAAUUCUGUAGUUGUGUGUGCACCUACAUAGUUAAAAUGGAAUUCGUUUUUGUUGACAUUUAGAAACAUAUACACAGUUACUUCAUUUUUUUUUUUUUUUACCUUAUUUCGGUGAGGACACUAUACAAAAUGACGUCAGUUCAACAAGUAAAAGCUCCAGCCACGGUGCCAGUCCGUGGCCCUGGUGACGGCAUGGAGACAGAUGAGCCGUCCAAAUCCCUGGAGGUCAUCACUGAGCUCCCCUGCAAGAGCAGCCCCAUCCAGCUUGCCCCAAGGACAAAGCCAGCCCCACCUCAGAAUCCUGGAGUCCUUCACCUGGGUAGAAUUCAAAAAGAUUUGUCCAUUGAGCUGGAAGCCAUCCGUAUUGUGGUUCCUCGAGCGGCCAUUUCUCAUGCUAUCCCCUCGAAGGGCUCGAGGUUGACUGAGCUGACAGGGCAUCAACAAAUUGAGCCUGUCGUCCAGUCAGAAGCAGCGAUAGACUCCCAACGGGAAGCACAGGAACUGAAAGCCACCCUGGACAAGCUGCAGAACUCAGAGAGGAAGCUGCUGCAGGAUAAGGAGGGCCUUUCAAACCAGCUCAGAGUUCAGACAGAGGUGAACCGUGAGCUGAAGAAGCUGCUGGUGGCCUCGGUGGGCGAUGACCUGCAGUACCAUUUUGAGCGCCUGGCACGUGAGAAAAACCAGCUUAUCCUGGAAAACGAAACUCUAGGCCGUAACCUGACUCGGAUAUCUGAGCAACUUGAACGCAUGACCAUUCAGUGUGAUGUGUGGCGGAGCAAGUUCCUGGCCAGCAGAGUGAUGGCUGAGGAGCUGACCAGUACCAGGACAGCACUGCAGCGCCAAACCAGGGAAGCUCAGGGAGCGAUACAAGACCUUCUCAGCGAACGGGAGGAGUUCUCCAGAGACAUGUCUGAGGCUCACAGGUCACUAGAGCAGCUUUUGGUUUCUUUGCAAUGGGGCAGGCAGCAGACCUAUUACCCCAGUGCACAGCUUCUCACCACUGGCGAGCUUGCUGCAGCCAAUCAGAAGCUAGCUAAGGCAGUGAACGCUCACCUCCUUGGCAAUUCAUACACAAGUAACAGCCAGAAAACGUCUCCACCAACUGCAAUUUGCAAUACUCCAGCUGAAAAGAUGGCAGAAAAGGUGUUAAGAAUCUUGGAUCCUGUUUUAUGUACCGAAGAUGCAUCUGAAGUUUCAUUUUCGGAACCCUUACCUACACCGUUCCUCUCUAACAAGAAAAGUAUUGGUCGGUUUCAUCCCUACACAAGAUACGAAAACAUUACCUUCAAUUGUUGUAAGCGCUGCAGUGGGGAGCUGAUAGUGCUCUAAACUGUGCAGUACAGUACUUUUAGUAUUGCACUAAACUCAAAGGUACAAAAAAGGUGCUAUAAAAUUGCCUAUUUUAAAUUAUUAAACUUCAGUAGGUCUGAUAGUGUAACAAAAAAAUUUGUUUACCAUCAUUGUUGCAAGUUUUGCUUUUUGGAUGCAGUUUGAACAUUAUUUACAGGAGGGAGCAGGUCAAAGCAGGACCAAAACAGUAAGGGAAUGAUGCAGUGUUCGUUUUCAACUUCAAUCACAUUUUUUAUUACUUGUUGAAGCUGAACUUGUUUGUUACUCCAUAUUUGGAUGGUCUGUAGUAAAUCAAUCAAGUUAAAAACCAUUUCCUCAAGUAUUAAAACAAUUUUUUCAAUAUCCUAUUGCAUUGAGUUAUGCAUUUUUAUGAUGGUAGUCAUCAAAAAGAGAAACUGAACAUAUAGUACCAAAUGUAUUUUGCAGCUGCUAGAUAUGGGUGGAGAUCAGAAAUUCAAAAUGAAAACCAUGUUGUGAAACUGUCUGUGACUUAUCAGACCUUUUCCAAGAGCUUAGAGUUUUGCAGGGAGCAGAAUUCGACAUCGGAAGGUGUCUUUAUUAUUAUUAUUAUUAUUUAUUUCUUAGCAGACGCCCUUAUCCAGGGCGACUUACAAUUGUUACAACAUAUCACAUUAUACAUUAUUUCACAUUUUUUUACAGAUAUCACAUUAUUUUUACAUACAAUUACCCAUUUAUACAGUUGGGUUAUUACUGGAGCAAUCUAGGUAAAGUACCUUGCUCAAGGGUACAACAGCAGUGUCCCCCACUGGGGAUUGAACCCACAACCCUCCGGUCAAGAGUCCAGAGCCCUAACACUACUCCACACUGCUGUGUCUUGUUUGUUUAUUUUGUAAAUGUAAUACAGAGAUGUAGACAAACAUACCAGCAUAGUAUAAGAACAGUGUUAUGACACAUGGAAUCUGAUGUGUUCAGGUGUAAUCAGGAAUUGUAUUGUUAUGCUUUCUUUUUCCAAAGGUUUAUAUUGUGUGUCUGACGAAGAAGCGAUGGUUGUAACCCAGUGGUGCAUCAUUGGUAUUUUUAUUGUGAAUUUACACUUACGAAAAUAAGAUGAGCAAUAAAAACAAGUAUUUAUUUAAA